AUGAUUAUUUUGAACAAUUCUCUUUUAUCAUCAACCAUCACCACGGCAACAACAACAACAACAUCAACAACGCCUAAUAAUCUAUAUCUUAAUUCAACAGUAGAAAUUUAUAAUUCAUCGUCUCUCAGUAUAAUUAUUACCAUAGUUAUUCUAUCGUUUCUAAGUAUAUCUGGUUGGAUUUUCAUGUCUUAUACUUUAUUUGGUCGAUCGGAAGCUUAUCGUGCCAAACCUGAUGAUCAGUUUGGUUCAUCGAAUCUAACAAAUAACUCAGAUCGAGCAAAUGGCAAUGAUUUUUUCUUCGAUAUAGAUUGA